UGUCCUUUUGCUCUCCUUCUCCCCCUCUCUGCUCUCCUCUCAACUGCAUCUGGACCCUCAGCAGCCCCUGUGAACGAAUGCAGUCAGACAGAGGAGAAAAGGAGAAGAGCUGAGAGAUCAUGGUGUCCCCUAACUUUUACCUACGCCUGUUUACCUUUCUUACCUUGCUGACUCUACUGGCUCUCUCAGAUGUGUCCAGUGAGAGCGCUUUGCACAAGAUUCUGAAGAAGAGAGAAGUGGAGGAUGAGGUGAAGCCAGCAGCGACUGUGGCAGUGCCAGCCUCCAAGGCCAAGCAGUUCCUGGCUUCUCUACGGAGGCCUAAGAGGAACCUGUGGGAUCGCAGUCGUCCUGAUGUGCAGCAGUGGAUCCAGCAGUUCAUGUACAUGGGAUUUGAUGAGGCGAGACUGGAAGCUGAUCUGUCUUACUGGAAGGACCAAGCCCGCUCUAGUGACCCAGCACGGCAGCAUCACUAUGACGAGAAUUCCCCCAUGGGCCCCAGAUUCCCCAGUCAUAACAGACAUGGGGCAGACGUCAACUACGACUACUAUUAACUUCCUUUCCUCUUCAAAAACAACCUGGUUCCAGGAACUGAAUGUGAUGGUGUGGGCGAGAGUUGUCCCUUAUGUAAAAGCAGUAUCACACACUGUUCCUAUUCCUUCACCUCUUCAGACGGCAGCCUUGCAAGUUUCUGAUCUUUCUUACUUUUUUUCUUGCAUGCUCUUCCCAGGCUGAGAAUUAGCUGCAGCACAUUUGUUCCGAUUGCAGAAAUACAACCCACCACUCUGUCUACAUUAAACAUAAUCAUAAGCUCUAUACCCUCACUCUGAAAGUGUAGAUCCUUACUACCAGCAGAAGCGUAAGUGUUCUGUGCUAUGAAUAACCUUGAAUGCAGCCGCAAACUGAUGCCAUAUGUGUGGGGGUCAGUGUUCCCAACAGUCUUUACUUUAACUGUCUGUUGCAGCUCUGCUUCAUCAUGGUGCCCCCACAGCAACGGAGAUGACCUUAGGGCUAACACUUUAUGUAAAGGCUGCCUACAUAAGGACUUUAUAAUGUAUGAAGAAGCAUUGAAAGUAAUACUUGAAACAGCUUAUGCCAGUAAUUGCAAGAUGACACAAAAUGUGUCAUGACAUUGCUUUGGCAUUAGGGGCCUUACACUGAAGUGAUUUGUUUUAUUCGGUUAUUUGUUCCAUUCAUAACACUGUUACGAAGAAUCAUUCCGAAGUAAUGACUCUUUACUUUAGCAAACAAUAUCACUGUUUCUUACAUUAAAAGUAAAGAACGUUUUGCAUCUUCUGCAAAGUUACCAUUUUGGAGAUUGUUUUUUCUUUGAACAGUGACAAUGUGAAAAUACAUAUAAAUAUGCAAACAGUCCUAAACUACAUUCCUUUAAAAGUAGAAAUACCCUUGGUAAAAUAUUACUUCAGUAAGAGUAGAAGUUCCUUUGAGUUACUCUAGAUACUGUGUAAUAUUAUUUUGAGGAACCUGUUCUUUUAAGUAGGACUGUGUGGCUGCAGACAUGAUAAACAGUUAGUUGUUCAUGUUUGCAGCCACACAGCUCUCCUUCAUAGAAACUGUUUGUUUGUACUUUAAUUCAUGUAGAAACAUGGAGAACUGAUAUUGUACUGUUUUAUUUAGGCCUCUGCCUUACAAGUUCCAUUACUUGGAGAUGACGUUUCAUACCAGUGUUACAAAUGAAACAACUGUCGCUCAUGUCUAUUAUAAGAAUCUUUAUAUCAGUACAGAUUUACUGAUAUAAAGUAAUUUUACUUCAUACAUCUUGUGUCAUAAAUUAAUGGUAAAAGCCAAAGAGAAAUUCAGAAAUAUGCAGGUGUUUCUUUGACAAUGCAUUCUUCAGUGCGUAUGCAUGUUUGAUGAAGUCUCUAUCUAGACAGCCUUCAAAUAAAACAUACCACAUUGGUCUGUGGAUGGUUUAGGAGCACUGGAAACCAUGAGUGUGUUUACACACACUCAAUAAUCCGAUCAUAAUGAGAUUUCUGCAGUUAUCCGAUUAUUUAAAUGGUCAUGUAAACACCAUACUCCGAUCUAGAAAUCCAAUUAAGAAA